UUAAUCGAUAAAAAUAAAAGUUAUCUAAAGGAUAAUGAAUUAAAGUCAUUAAUGCAGAAAGUGGAGGAGAUUAGGAAAGAAAUCAAAUUAGAAGGAUUUCAAUGUAAAUCGAUUAAGCGAGACGUAGAAGAAUGGAAUUCAACCAUUUCAACGACACGUGUGAAGAUUUCGAAUCUUACGUUUAAAAAGCAUAAAAUACUUAUGGACUGCAAGAUAAAUAAUAUUAAUAUACCAUUGCUGGAGGGAACAAUGGAUAAAGUACUAUUAAAGCUCCCAGUAGAUUCGAUAAUAACAGAAGCAAGUGAAAGUAGUAGUCGUCAGUCGAGUGAUUCUCAGCUUAAAGAAAAUGAACUUGAAAUUGAUUAUAUAAUUAUCAAUAAUUCAAAUAAAAAUCUAAACGAAGAUGAAUUAAGAACGGAAAUUAUAUCUCUUAAAAAUAAACAAAAUGCUAUUCGUGCAGAACUGCAAUUAUCAUAUCCAAAAUUAAAGGUUUAA